AUGAAUGACAAGUACCAUAAGGCGGCUCGGGAUGGCUACCUCGACCUGCUCAAAGAGGCCACACGGAAGGACCUCAAUGCACCAGAUGAAGAUGGAAUGACACCGACCUUAUGGGCAGCCUAUCACGGCAAUUUGGAAGCCUUACGAUUAAUUGUUGGGAGAGGAGGGAACCCUGAUAAGUGUGACAUAUGGGGAAAUACCCCACUCCACCUGGCAGCUGCCAACGGCCACCAGAACUGCCUGUCCUUCCUGGUGUCGUUCGGCGCCAACAUCUGGUGCCUGGACAACGACUACCACACCCCGCUGGAUAUGGCGGCCACCAAGAACCACAUGGACUGCGUGCGCUACCUGGACUCCAUCGCCGCCAAGCAGACGGCCCUCAACCCCAAGCUGGUGGGCAAGCUGAAGAACCGGGCGUUCCACGACGCCGAGCGCCGCAUCAAGGACUGCGUCAAGAUGCAGCGGAAGCACCACCGCCGCAUGGAGCGCAAGUUCCAGAGGGAGGCGCCGGAGGCCUCGGUGUCCGACGCCAUGAGCUUCUCCAGCUACACGGGCAGCAGUGUCAGCCGCAAGCUCCUCAACACCGCCACCAUUAGCGUGCCAUACUCCCAGGCUACUCUUCACGCCACAACCAGAGGUAAGACCAAGAUCCAGAAGAAGCUUGAGAAAAAGAAGCAGAGCGACGGGACGUUCAAGAUCUACGAGGAGGGCCGCAAGAGCGUCCGCUCCCUGUCCGGCCUGCAGCUGGGCAACGACGUCAUGUUCCUGAAGCAGGGCACGUACGUGAACCCGCGGGACCGCUCGCGCCGCAACAUCCGCCACAUGUUCCCCUCCGACAACGAGGACGCCAUCUCCCGUGCCAUCAGCGAGCCGGACCUGCACGGCCCCGACCUCGACCACUCGGAGGUCAGCACCGACUCCGGCCACGACUCGCUCUUCAACCGGCCGGGCCUGGGCACCAUGGUGUUCCGCCGCAACUACGUCAGCGCCGGCCUCUUCGACAUCGGCGCGCGCGACGAGGGCAGCCUGGCGGGCCUGGAGGAGGCCACGAGCACCGCCGCGGCGUUCCCGCCCGCCAACGUGCGCCUGCGCAGCCGCCUCCAGCGCUCGCCCAGCGUGGGCGACGCCGACAGCAUCGGCAGCGCCCGCAGCCUACAGCAGCGCAACGCCGCCGCCGCCGAGCUGCCCUGGGACGAGCUGGAGCUGGGCCUGGACGACGACGACGAGGCCGAGAGCAACCCGCUGGAGGUCUUCCUGGCCGCCCAGUUCAUGAACGAGUUCGUCCCCAUCCUGCGCCGGGAGAAGAUCGACCUGCAGGCGCUGCUGCUCUGCACCGACGACGACCUCAAGGGCAUCCACGUGCCGCUGGGGCCCCGCAAGAAGAUGAUGGACGCCUGCAGGAGACACGUGGAGACCAUCGAGGACCCCGAGGCCAUGGUGGACACAGCACUGUGA